CGGUCAAGUUUGAAAUGUCCUUAAAAACACAAUGAAAUGACAUAUAUAAAUGAAAAGGUUUCUUUUACUUUUGUUCAAUCAAAGACACACCCACGUAUGCACAUCCUGUUGAGUGACCCAAAACCUAUUCAAGCUGUUUAACUGUGUUGUGUUUCCUUCAAAAACUAAGGUUAUUGUUCCUUUGUGUGGUUAACUUGUGGUUAAAGGCGUUAGAAAUCAGUUUUACUCGAUCUUAUAAACAAUGUUUUGCAUUAAAAUCAGUUACAUCUUUGAAAAAGCAUGCGCAAAUUUAGUAACAUUUGCGGUAGAAGUAGGUAAAUUUUCCUAGCUAAUUGUGGCCAACAGAAAAGUUAAAUAACUUGGUACAGUAAGGCUUAGGCUCUCUUGCACCUUAUUUGGUCACGAUUGUGAACAUGUUUUUUCUGAAAACCACACAAUCUGUUUGUUUUCUAAACCCGACUUCCGUGAUCCGUUCCUCCCUAUAAUUCGUACUACUCUCAGCUCUCACUUGUAAUCAAGUGACCCCAUUAGUACAGCACAUGUUUACCAGCCCUUAUAAGGGGUUCCGCUUCACCUUGCGCCAAAUUUGGUUAUGCUGUUGAUCUAUAUACGCCCAUAAUCACGAGCUCAAGACGUGUGGCUAUGACUUCCUGAGUGAGAGAGCGGGAACCUGAUACGUGACGCGCUGUUCUUACGCAUAAGGGUAUUAGAACAAUUAACUUUAAGCCGCCUCAAAGGUCUCUCAUUGUUUUGCAAGCUGGAGUUCACCAAGUAUGCAAAAUCAAUUAGGGUUGCAUGAGCUGCGUUUAUGGAUUUUAUAGGAGAAUUGAGUUUGCCAUCGCUGGGAGCGAGUCUAUAUACAACGUAAUUUUCUUUAGUUUAGAGUUUAGUAUCGAAGUGAAUUCAAAGAGCCGAUUAUGUUAAUUAAAUAUUGAUUGAUGCUUGUGUCACUCACUGAACUCCAGUGUCAUGUCAAACAGAAACGACAAUAGGAUACACACGAUCGGGGGCUACGGAUCUAAUCACGAUCAAAUUUUAAAAGACGGUGAUUUAAACAAUCAGGAAAUGUUCCUGUUGACAUGGGAUAGAUUAGGCUUAAAAAUGACAACAAGUGUUUUCAAAACAGGCGUGGGAUAAUUCGUUAAGAGACAACACCAAUCUCGAAUCUUUUUGUGUUUGUGGGGAUUGUACAUGAUGUGUAUUGAUACGUCAUUUCCGAUUAACAUUAACUUCACUUUUUUAAUUUUUCUGGAUCGAAAAGUUACGUUAUGAAAACUUCUCUCAGAUUCUGUGUAGUUGUUCAAACAUGCUUAUUUUGUCAGUCACACACUGUCACACAAAUUUUCUCGAUUUUUCACGGAUAGUUCGUGAGCUAUCCGCCCUUGGAUAAAGAAAAAGUAAUCCAACUUUUUAACCCUCGGAUCACAUUGAUAAGUGAUAGCGAAUUUAAACGUCCUAAAUGCAACCACAAUAUGACUUGGUGUCGACCGCACGGCGCCAAGCUGUGUAAAACUGUCCAUCAAAAGACUUGAGGAAAAUUUGCUCAGCUCUUGUUUUGGGAAGUUGUGGUCGAACCAAAUUCCAAGCGAUCUUCCCUAACAAUUGUUUUCGAACGUCCGAUCGCUUUCUCUUUAAUUGUCGAUAUUUCUAGCUUAUCACCAAGUGAAAGUAAGGUAGAUGGUUUGGUUAGCUGAUUCGGGAAGCAGUGUUAUGAAUCAGCUGGACCACAACACAAAGCAUUCUUUCAGUUUCGCGCCACUGUGGAAAAUAUUAUCGAUCAUUUGCGAUUACCCUGUAAUUAGUUGUGGAGUAGUCUUGGAGCGUAAUACGGAAGUCGGCGUGGGAAGGACCCGAGUUUCGGAAAGCUUUUUUAAGGUUUCACGUCUCGGUUUACAUGAAAAUCCUAUGGCGUCCGAUUUAACCCGAUUGAAGUUUGAAUUCUCCGCAAAGUGGCGCCGUGAAACCUCAGUUCUUCAAUGGUUAACACUUGACAGCUUUUGUUGUCUUUUGUCAUCUGCCUCUGUGCUGAUUGGCUAGCCCGUAUGUGAUAGACAAACCGUUUGUGUAUUUGACACGCAUGACACGAAGUAAACAGUGUGCGUAGAUUGGAGAAAAAAAUUCUAUCAUGUCUUCAGAUGGGCCUCAGUGAGCGGGGUAAAGCGGAGGGCACAAUGGUUAGCGGCGAGAGUACGUCUCUAGUCGACUUCGUUAAAAUGACUAACCCCGGUUUAUUUGAUUUCCAGGACGAGAUACACUCGUUCAUCGAAGCCUUGCUUCCUCAUGUAAAGGCUUUUGCCUAUACGUGGUUUAAUUUGCAAGCAAGAAAGCGAAAGCACUACAAGAAGCAUGAAGUGCGAAUGACUCCUGACGAGGAGAGAAGGUGCAAAGAAGAGCUAGAUGCUGAAGCCCCUGAAGUGAAGCAAAAGUGGGCUUCAAGGCUUUUGGCAAAGCUGCGAAAGGACAUUCGCCAAGAAUGCAGGGAGGACUUUGUGAUGUCAGUCGUUGGAAACAAACCCGGCUCGUCGUGCCGUUGCGUCAUUUCCAACCCUGAUCAGAAGGGGAAAAUGAGGCGCAUAGACUGCCUUCGCCAAGCUGACAAAGUAUGGAGAUUAGAUCUGGUGAUGGUGAUUUUGUUCCGAGGCAUUCCUUUGGAAAGCACGGACGGCGAGCGUUUGGGCAAGUCGCAGCAUUGCCAGAGUCAGACUCUGUGUGUUUUGCCUAACCAUAUCACGGUGACAGUUCGAGAACUGGAUCUAUUUCUAGCAAACUUCAUGUGUAAUCGAGAGCACAAACAGGAUUCCAACAGUCCCGUUCGAAGUUCUGGCGAUCCAGAUUCUCACCAAACACCUAUCAAGUGUGUUAGUUCAUCCCAUGCUCUUAUGUUAUCGGACCUGGAAAGCCCAUCAUACAGUGAUGCAGGUCUUGAACAGCGUUUUCCAAAUGCAGUAAACAUUCACCCACGACCAGAUCCAUAUGACCUAAGGUACAGGAAACGAAGUCGGACAAUUAGCUCUGUUUCAUCAGUUGACGAAGAUUGUGAUGAUGAUGACAGAGAUAGCACAGGGCUCUAUGUCCAGUCACCAGCAAGUUUCUCUUCCCAAGGGUCUAAUUGGCAGAAUGAUGUGGACUCUGGGUCCAGUGUUAUUCACUCUCCUAUGGUCCCAUAUCCCCCCAAGAUCAAACCGGAACAGAACUGCUCAGGAUACAGUCCAAUUGAAAACCACAACUCUGCAAUCAGCUGUUGUAAUGUGAAUGAACCCCAAUCACCUGCUGUAACAUCGUAUGGUGGCCAAGCAUCACAGAUGCACAACAGACCAAUGAGAGACUGCAAUAUGAAUGACACAUUCAUUAUGCAAUUAGCGUCAACACCUAAAGGCCAUGGACCAGCGAGUUGUGGGUUUGGUAUGAAUCUUCCGCAGCAGGGAUUUACAUUCCGCCUCCCAAUGCCAAAUGCUCACAUACCUUCAGUUGGUUCUGCUCCUUGCCGUACUGGCCCACCUAGUGAUUUCAUCCAGCUUAUUGAGAGACCCCGGUCCAGUUCAACACCAAAUAGCAGGCAGUAUGUUCCAGGGACAUCCGCAGUCAUACCUCCCCCUUUAACAAGGUCACAAAGUGGUAACAGCAUUAUACAAACUACUGGUGGAAACACCAUGAAUGCAGCAGAUCCACGGAAUUCUCCAGUACAUCAACAGCAACAAUCUCCAGUGUCAACCACCCCGAGUAAAACAAGUCCACCUUCAGGAAUAACAUUGAACACCACUGUUCAGAUUAUUCAGUCUCCAACAAACAAUCCUAACAGUGCAGCAUCAACAUAUGGUAACCAAAAUCCACAGGUGUUCAGCUACCCAAACUUGCCACCUGGUUGUCUAUCUGGUGUCAGCCCUUCACUUCCAAUGGGCUUGUUCACCUCACCAGGCAACACUCCUAGGGGUAACAUACCUCCUCGCUGGCCUACACCCAUUCCUGUUGCUCCUGUCUCCAGCAGUGGAAAUGCUGUGUCCGAAGAAGAGUCUACAGACUACCAGAUGGUGUCAGGGUUUGGGAGCAUGAAUCCUGAUGAGGGCAUGCUGGAAGGUUGGUGUCAGAGAGGAAUUUCUACCCAGUGAACAGCACAGCAGAGUCAAUGGAUGUUAUGUCUGCUCGGAUAUCAUCCUGAACAACUUGCCACCUAUACACCACACAGCUUGGUGACAAGCAAAUUAAAAUAGCCAACCACAAGCUGGCAAAUCCACACCUCGCAAGUCAUAAAUGAACAUAAAAAGUUGUACAUUAUGGUGUAGGAAAAAGCAUACCUGUUACUUGGUAUGUCAAAGUUUACCAUACUGAAUACUGACUAAGACCACUAGCAAAAAACACUGAGCACUGAAAAAGAAUGGCUCAGUUGGAUCCAAAAAAGUUUGGUUGUCAUAUUUUAAGUUAUUGUUCUUCUGUAAAGAUUUCUGCAUAAAAUAUUAGAAGCAUUCAUGUACAAACCAAAGAAUUUAGAGGCUUUUUAGAACAAUAAUUGUACACAAUACCAUAUUUAUAAAAUGCAUUAGUAGAGUAUUUUGGAAAGUGAAAUUAAGUACAUUCGCAAUAUUUAGAAUAUUUCCAUGCGUAAACACAUAAUUAAUAGAAUAGUUCAAGUUAAGUUUCUAAAUGCUAACACAGUCACAGUAUUAUUCAAAUCUUGUCAUAGGUGUAAAAGCUUGGUGUUUGUCGGCAGAGAGAGUACAAAUUAUCUGUAUAAAUGCUGUUUGUAAAAAUUGUGAACCAUUUUGUGGAUGACUGGAUGAGUGAAUUUUCCUUUUUUUUUUUUGAAAUUCAGUGAAAGUCAGCAUAUACAUUUUAAGUGUUUUUUGGUGUAAUUUAUUGUACUCUUAAACUGCAUUCAUGGCUUUCUAUGGACCAUAAUGAUACUCAUAUAAUGGCUGGUUUUACUGUUAUUGGUUGAUCAAGUGUUCACCAGAGAAAUGUCAUGUUAGCGAACAGGACAUCGUUUGUCAAAAAUAAGUUGGUUUGGUCUGGAAAAGACAAACUCCAUUGUAUUCUUGCUAAUGGUGGUAUAGUGUGCAGGUAAAUUUCAGUUUUAGUUGCAGUGUAAAUGAAAAGGAAAAUAAUUUUAUUGCCAUGAUUAUGUGACAAAGUAUGAAUAGCCCUCUUUAUACACCUCUUAGAAGAAAUGUUGUCAACAAAAAGUGUUAGCCAUAAAUGAGGUGACCCAGUGACUUGGAAACUUGCGAACUAGGUCCUUAUUCACAUGGGGAGUGUUAACAUCCUUUUAAGUGUUGAACAAGAUCAGCACUCAAGGAAAACUUCUUUGAUAGUAAUUUAUGGACACACUAAUUCAGUUUUACCAACAUUCCAUGGCAUUGUAUGAUUUACUUGGAGAACAUUUUUUUUUCAUACACACCCCAAACCAACCCUUUCCAUAAAUUUACAGUUAAGCAGAUUGUAUUUACAAACCAAAUUUAAGUAAUAUCUGGGCUUGCCAAUUGUUCAAAAUUUAAAUUUCUUUGUGAUAUAGCCUUCUAUUACAUACAUUUUAUUUUCACAUAAUCGUUACUAUUUUGGUUCCCUAGCUUGUGAAGAGUGAAGAGCAGUAAUUUAUAAUGAACAUGGUCUGUAUUUCAGUAAAGCUUGUCAUAAUGUGGAAAUGCACUUUCCAAGGCUAUUAGUUUUGUUUAAAGGUACAUGUAAUGAUUUCCUAGCUCCUUAUGUACAGUUAAUGUUUUCCUAGCUUUGAGGGUUUUCUGGUCAAUUCAAAGCUUGAUGAAGAAAGGUUCAUGCAUCCUUCUCAAAAUCUUUAGGAAUAAUGUAUACCAGUACUGGUUCAUCAUUUUAUACAGGAUGGGAGAUGUUAGUGGACAAAAAUGGCCUUUGCAGCAAUAGGUCACAAAGUGGACCUCUACCAUUAUCGCUCCUCCUUUGUCACGGGGCAGGGGGAACAGUUUACUGCUUGGGUAUAGAGGAGAAUAAAAAUUAUUACAUAGGAAUAGAUCAAUCCUAUGUUUAUGAUUUUUUUUUUCUCCUCAUGGGCAUAAAUUACUCAAAAAUCCUCAUUAUUUCAGGCAAACUUAUGGAUAUGAUAAAUUGGCAGCAACUUUGCCUGUUACUGUGGCAAAUGUGAAAGAACUUUGCUGAGAUAGAUAUCCAGUUUGACUUGUUGCAACUUGUACAUCUGUUUUUAAGGAGUGGUCAUUAUGAACAACCUAUUGUUGCAAAUGGCCUUACUAGUGCUGGUAUAACUACAAUAAUACCGCUCAUGUGCAGAAACAAAAUGGUCUAGUCAGUCUUUGUAUCACUUUAUUUUUUCCACAUGUAUUACCUUUUAUAUCAGUUCACCUUCUAGAUUAUAAUUCCCUAAAUUUUGAAACUUGAAAAUGAAUUAAACGUGGCAAUGCAAGAUAUAUUUCAUCGCUAAUUUUGAUAGUAAUAUUAUAUAAUUGUAGAGGAGAAAAAUAAUAUACAGUAGGUAAAUUAUAGACAAAUAGAAAUAGAAUUGUUUUGUAGUAUAACAGGUCUGUAAAUAGUCCAGAGAGAGUUCUUGUUUUAAUACUAGUCUUGAUAAAUUUUGUAGUUUGACGAAGAUGUGUGGAGAUUGUAAUGAUGAAAUGUCAUAAUACCGUACUUCUAACUGCUGAGAGCAGCUGACUUUGGGCUUACAUGUAGUUGUAGAGAUUUUAUAAAUAGGGCUAUCUUUUGUAAAAGGGAUGCUUUUUUUACUGAUAAUAGUUUUCCUACAGGACAUUUGUAUGGUUCAGAUAUUUUGUAGUCUUCAUAAGAUAAUUCCAGUAAUAUAUUACAAAAAUGCUUUACAAGACAUCUCUUCAUGGUUUUCAUUUUUUGUAGAAUAUUAUUAGCAAGUGGCAGGCACACUUAAAAAUUUCAGAAUGCUAAUAGUUUUGUACCUGAUUUGCACUAAACAGUUUACAAGCUUUUUUUAUAUUUUGCAUUGGAUUGUGGCAUGAUAAUUCUGUCCGUGGCUGUUUGUUUUUAUUUAUUGUUUUUUGUAUUCAAGGAUAAAGCAAGAGUAGGUGUUGAAACACUAGCUGCAAGGAAACUGCAACAGUCUGCACAAGCAUUCAUUCUACAACUCUGAACUGAAGUGAAAUAUCUAUCCAUUUAUGUCUUAAUUGCUUCAUUCCCUCUCUUUGCCUGGAAUUCUAGUGUUCAAUGGACAAUUGACCCAGAGACCUCUACAAAAAAAGCAAAAUUGGAAAUAAUACAUUGACAGGGCUUUGUAGAAUUUUUUUCUUUUUUUUUUGAGCUUUUGUUCUUUUGUUGGGGUUACCUUGCACUGCAUAUGUUUUGGUUUCUAUCCAGGAUAAUGGCCAUAUUUUACAGAUCUUGGAGAUUUUGGUACUGUUUUAUGUUGGCUUCAGUGGGAGAUUCAAAAUUAAUUAACUAUUGUUUUACUGCCUACUUAGACCGUUUAAUACUUGGUGGAUAGAGCUAAGAGAAAGGAAAGUGGCCUGACUUAAUUUAAGAACUGUUAUAGUGUUUUGAGUACCCAACUAUGCAGAAAUGCCAAAUACAUUUAAUGCUACUGACAAUAAAUUCAAGUUUCCAUUCGAGAGUUUAACUACUUCAUUUCUUUGAGCUCAGUCUGUUGCUUUGGUGCACCUAAAUGCUUAAUUAUUUUACAGUUUUGCACAGAUUGUUUUUGGAGAUGUAGAGUACAUAUCAAGAUUCCAGUACAGACACAAUUGUAAAUUAUUUUCUUAAAAGGGCAAUUCCUUGGGAAACAAUUGUUACAACUGUGUAAUCUUACAUGUACAAGCUGUUACUGAUGUGAAAUUAAAGGAAAACAAAUUUGUGUC